AUGUUCUUUGACGACAAGCCCAAGGUCAAUCUACGCGGUAAGAGCUCCUCCUCAGACCGCCAGCUCCUCCUCGCGCGCGCCCAGCGCGAGCGCGACGAGCGGCAGCGGCAGCGCGCCCUCCUCCGGGCCGCGCUGCUGCUCCAGUCGGCGGCCCGCGCUCACAUGGCGCUCGCACGGGCGCGCGAGGCGAUUCGCUCCGAGUUUGAUGCCGCCGUGGACGCGAGCUUGGCUCAGCGCGUCGAGCCCGGCGUCGGCGGGUCGCUCGCCGCCGGCUUUGCGUCGCUCGUGCGCCAGCUCCUCUUCUUCCACGCGGCGCCGCUCGACGACGGCCGGCGGACGUGGCUGCUGGGCGCGCUGGUGGAGGCACUCGCAGCCGAAGCAGCGGCCGCGCCCUCGUCCGGCUUGCUCCGCGCCUCGCUCACGCCGUCGCUGACGGCGUCGCUCGUCGCCCUCUGUCUCCAACGCCUCGCCGCCGCCGCCGCUGGCUCUGCCGGCUCUGCCGCCUCUGCCGGCUCGGUCGCGUCUUCCGCCGCUCCCGCCUUCGGAUCCGCUGCGCCGCCCGCCACCGACUCCCUCCCCCUCGAGCUGAGGGCCGCG